UUUUACGUCAUCUGCUGCGCUGUUCCGCUGUGUUCUUCCGCUGCCGGUAGAUUGAACGUGAAACAGCUAAAGAAGAAAAGCAGAAGUGACACCUUCGGUCCCAGUAAACAAAGAUUUGUCUUUUGUUGGUAUUCGGAACCACAGCAGAGAUAACUAAAUACAAUCGAGACCACAGAAGUAUAAAUUCUGACCAGUUACAGGUGAGCCAGGAUGGCGGUGAAUGUUUACGCGACGUCAGUGACCAGCGACAACAUGAGUCGGCACGACAUGCUGAUGUGGAUCAACGAGUCUCUCCAGAUGAACCUCACCAAGAUAGAAAUGUUGUGUACAGGCGCCGCCUACUGCCAGUUUAUGGACAUGCUGUUCCCCGGAUCCGUACCUCUGAAGAAAGUCAAAUUCGGCGCCAAGUUGGAGCACGAAUACAUCCACAACUUCAAGCUUCUGCAAGUUGCUUUCAAGAAGAUGGGCGUGGAUAAAAUAAUCCCAGUCGACAAACUGGUGAAGGGGAAGUUCCAGGACAACUUUGAGUUAGUCCAGUGGUUUAAGAAAUUCUUUGAUGCCAACUACGACGGGAAGGAGUACGACCCGGUGGCGAUGAGGCAGGGCCAGGAGACCAUGCCCAUGAACAGUCCCGCCACGUCUGCGCUCAACAAACUCCCCAAGAAGACCCUCAACCAAGCAACCCAGAAGCCUCCAGUUGCAAAAGUUGCUCCCAAGUUGGCUCCUGCUGUGACCCGAAAACCGGGGAUGGGAGGCGGCGAUGAAGAGAGGGCGGAGCUUAUUAAUGAGAUAGAGAUUCUGAAAUCUACCAUUCAGGACAUGGAGAAGGAAAGAGACUUUUAUUUUGGUAAGUUGAGGAACAUUGAGCUGAUUUGCCAGGAGAAAGAAGGUGAAGGCGACCCGACGCUGCAGCGGAUCGUCGACAUCCUCUACGCCACAGACGAGGGUUUUAUAAUACCGGACGCCGAGGAGCAGGAGGAGUUUUAAUCCAAGCGUCUCCUCCACCUCAUCAAGCCAAGGCGGUUUGGUUUCGCCAAGCCCUCUCUCUAAUCAACGAAGCCUCUGUCUCCAGAACCAGAACCCGACCCCCGGCGCUGCCCUGUAAUCCAGUCCUUCCCAGAACCAGACCCGCGUUGGGAAACACCUGGUUUUCGCUACGGACUCGAGUGUAAAAAGCAUAAGCGAUGUGUGUGUGUGUGUGUGUGUGUGUCUGUGUGUGUCUGUGUCUGUUUAAAAGCCUGUUGGAUCCAAAUGAAGAAUCUCGUCCUGACGACCCGGUCGACCCGCCGGCACUUUUCUCCAAACUAACCCUGAAUGUUUCGUUUCUGACCAUAAAACUCUUGAGUCUCAUGUUGUAUUUUAUUUCCUACAUUUAUUUUUCAUUGUUUUCUGUUGGUUUCAAACCAGAACUAACGAUUGGUACGACGGCAUGUUUGGGCCGCUGUAAAUUAAAAGAAAAAAGGAUCAGUAAAUUUCUGCAUAAACAUCUACAAAUUUUGAGAUUAAUCUCAGAAAUUUUCUAAAAAGAAAGCAAUGAAUGAGUCUCAAAAAUGUAGCAUUUGCUAGAAAGAAACUGAAAUUUUCUAAAAAAUAAUUUAGAAAAAAGACUAAAGGAAAAAAAAUACAUGGAAAGGUCUGAGUUUCAGCAGUAUAAAAUUUUCAGCUAUUGAAACUCAGAAGUUAGUCUUUUUUAGAAGAUUUAUGACAUUAGUCUGAAAUUAGUUGUUUUUUUCCCCCAGAAAUUUUGGAUACUUUUGGAACUCAGAAUUUUUAUUUUUAUUUUUUUUAGGAAAUGUCUGUUUUUAAGAAUCCUGAGUCAGAAUUUUAUUUAUUUAUUUUUUUCGGUGGCCCUAAUUCUCUUCCUUAGUUUUUUGUCGUAAAUUUACCCUUUUUUAUCUUUAAAGGCCCUUGCUCUCCGUCAUACAUUUGGAUGUUUGACGGUGAAAUGGUUUUGGUUCCCUGAACCUGCAGUACUAAAGUGGCCACCAGGGGGCAGCGGUGGUGGCGCUAUCUGGCUGCUGGUGUUGACCAAAGCGCCCUCUGGUGUCCUUUCCAGGCAUUGUAGCUUCUUGUAACCUGAAUAAAACUUGAAUUUGCCAGGAGGUUUUUUCCUCCUGGAUUGAUUUGAUUCCUCCAUGAAGUAAAGAAAAAAGAAGGCGCUCUGCGUUCAUUCAGACCGAAAAUCUUCACGUUUAGUUUGGCACAAAGCAACAGGCUUGUCUUCAUUUGGUACCAAAAAUCCAGUUGUCUCGUUUUUCUUCCUUUCAUGCCUCUGUGUGUUACUGCGUGUUUGUUUUUACAACCCACCAGUUCUCUCAAAACGCUCAAAAUUUCACAGUUUUAAAAAUGUGGAUUUCCUAAAUCCAGGAAAAAAAAGUGGCUUCAUCUUUUGUUUAAAGUUGAAGGAGAUGGUGGAGCUGAACUUGGUAGAAAGUGCUGACCGCUCCUGUUCACCUGUAGCCUUUAAGAUGGCCUCCUCCAUAAAAUCUGGAAAUAUAAUCUAGAAAACAACCAGAUCUAAUCAGAUUUAAUCUGCAUUCUGGGUUCAGUUGGAGACGUUUCUUCAGACUAAUGUUACUUUGUCACAUUUCUUUCUAAUUUAACCAAAACACUGGUGUUUAUUCCUGUUAGUGGAACGUUUUUCUUUUCAAUGGCCUUAUUCAUAAAAAAUUUCUUUAAAAAAAGUUUUUUAGGUUUUUUUUCUGAAUAAAUGUGUGGUGUUGAAGCUCCAAACACUGCCAAGAGGAGUGGAAGCAGCCCAGAGGCCUUGAUUUUCUCUAUUUAUUACUACUUGCCUUCACUAGAGCAAACCGUUUGAAAUUACAGAACAGGUUUUUUUAUUUUAUUCUUUUCUAUCAAAAAUGUAAUUUUUAAACCUGGUUUGUAAGCAAAGUAAAUUUUGUCUUGUUAGAUUUUUGUUUGUUUACCCGGUUACAAUAUUCAAGCUGUAUUUUGGAGAGAAAAAAUCGAGCAGUUACGAUUUUGUCGGACCAAACAUGAAGCCUGAAGGAACAAAAUUUAACAAACUCAGAAACAUUUCAGGCUGCAAUUAAAACCUAAUAAAGAAUCUCAAUCAUUUACAAAGACUUUUAUUUUUAUGAUAAUUUUCCAUGGACGUCCUAGGUCUGGAGCAGCCACUAGAGGGCGGUAGUCGUACUUUGAGUCAGAAUAUUGUUUUCUCAAAGGACCCAAAUUUAGAGGCAGUUCCAACUCUUAUCAAGGUCACAACAGAUUUAACAAAUGUUGAACAGCAUCACUUUUAGGGCUCAAGAUUAAAUCAGUGACUUUUAUUUCAAUUAGGGCCAGGAUACAAAAUGUUUUGUUUAAUUAUGAGAAUAUAAUUACAUUAGUGGAAUAAAGAUGCAAUUUUACCAGAAGAAAGUCAGAAAGUUCUGUUUCUAUACGGAUUCAGUCGUUUGAACAAUCGCUCUGACGUCACUCUGAACAGCAGAAUGGGUUUUUAGAUAUUUGUUAAAAUUGUCCACAGUUUGUUAUGAGAAAGAAUCUGUGAAAAGAUCAAUUCAACAACCAAUCAGAGCUAGGAGGCGGGUCUUAGUGCUGUCAAUCAAGCUUGGGGAGAUGCUGCAAACUACGCUAAUGGGGGUGAAACAACUCACUGUUACAGAAAAAACUUUUAUCUGCCCUCAUCAGUGGCUAUGCUAACUAGCCUAGCGUUCACAACUUGCUAUGCUAGCUGCAACUUACCAGUGAGCUAACCAAGACCCGCCUCCUGGCUCUAAUUGGUUGUUUCUAGUUAGCUCAACCAAUCAGCAGAAGAGCUUGAUUUUUUUCACUGAUUUUUUUGUCCCAUACUAAACUGUCACAACAUAGUGACAGUUUCAACAAAUGUAUAAAAAUAUGUUUCUAUAAAAGUUACGUGCUGCAGCUUUACGACUCGGCUCCACACUGUCUCAGCCAAGUCCAGCUCUGAUUCUCUAGUUCAGGAAGCACAAACCGUAAUAAUCCUGCAGCAGUUUGGAGAUUUUACUUCAAUUGUUAGAUUUGCAAACAAAAAGCCGAUUCUGGUGUUUUGUCAACCAGCCUCCCUCGCCUUCAUGAAAUCAAGGAAAUUUGCUCACAAUCAACUAUGUGAUCAGUGUUUGUUUUGACUAUAUAAAUGAAAAUCUGCUGUAAAAGUCAGUGGCGACUAAACUUUUCGCACCAAAUUUAAAUUACACACAUGCCACAAAAUUCAUUAAAUUAAAAACAAAACAUGACUUAAUUUUUUUUACUUGCUUGACAAUAAGCUAAUUUUUUAAAAUGAAUUCUAUAAAUUCUAAAGCAUCCAAACAUAAAAAAGCUUCAUACUGUUGCUUUGUUAACAGAAAAAGGCAAUUUCCAAAUUAUUGGGGUUUAUCAGCUGUUUUCUAUUUUGUUUACCAGAUUUUUACCUUUCUUGACUUGUAGACCGAGGACCAACCAGUAUCAUUUUGAAGGCCACAAACGGCCCUCGUACCACACUUUGGACACCCCUAAGUUAUUUUGUUUGUUAGCAGGCAGACUUCUGGAAACUUUUAUUAUUUGUCUUUUAAGGUUUAGUUUGAUUUAGGUGAUGUAAGGAGAUUAUUUGACAUUUAAACUUUCGUUAAUUUCUUCAAAACAAAAGCAUCACAAACGUAGCAAAGUUUAUUUACACCAAAUUUGCUCAAUAAGUGUGGAAGGUUUUAAUGUUUUAGUUAGUUGACUUCAAUAUUGAUUUGAAGAUUUUGAGGACGUUUAACGUUGUAAAAUAGUCACUGGAACUUCUUCAGUGCUUUGCCACUGGUGAAACACCAGACAGGAAACUAAAUUUGAGGAUUUCUAAACAAGAGUUUGAGAUGAAGGCUACUUUUUGUAGCCCUGUCUGUCCACUGUGACUUCCCCAAACCCAGAAAAACCUGCAGCAGACAGAAAGAAGGCUUUCCUCUUCAGAAGUGCUUUUCAUGAUGCAACGUUUGACACUGUGGCCUUUUCGUACCAAAUCAACCAAGUGCUAAUCUCACCUCCUCCUCCUACUACUGCUGGAAAAUCUCUGAAUGUUUUCAGUUUUAUUCAUUUUCCCCCCUCCUUGCAGCAGAAUGUUGACUCUUCUCUGCUUUUCAUUUUUCUGCUUGUUAAGACUUUUUCUGCUCCACAGUUCUUCCAAAUGCCUGUUGUAGCAUAUUGGAGUGUUUUGUUUUUUUUAAUUUAGUUUAAUUAAAUAUUCCUGAGCAGAAUGAAGAAGUGGGUUUAAGGGGUUUUGUUGGUAGCAGCCGCAGACCUUUAUGUUUUCAACAAUCAGCGCUGAUUAGUGUGUUACACUGUGACUUCUCCCCAUCUUUUCCUCUGUGGUAUUUGUUAUACUCCGCUAAAGUUGAUCUUUUUAAAUCACGUUUUGUACUAUAACAAUAAAACAGUAUUUCAUUGUCAAA